AUGGCCACAGCUUCUGCGGAAGCCGGCAGAGGUCAGGCCUGCUGGAAUGUGUUCCCUGCCGAAUGGGUCGAGCGAUUGCGUUCGAAGUAUUCCCAGCCAUUGGUUGCAUUAGAGCUGCUUGAGAGUCCAGAGGGCUUCGAAGAUGUGCUUGGAGUCAUUUCUGGAAAUGAUAUUUUGCAGACAGCACUGCUACGGGGACGGCUGCAGGCACUUCGUAAUCAGUUGGCUGUCAAGAGGAAAAUUGUGCAAUCACAGGUGAAUGCAAGGUUCAAGAAGCCUCGUCUGCCUGUACAUCAAUCUGACUCUUCGAGAGCGCAGGAAACUUUUGCAGUUGCCGCGAAUGCACUGGUACCAUUUAUCCGGAAGCGUGGGAAGUCAGGUUUGGGCAGGUCUCUGCUUGCUGUGGAGGAUGAUCCUGACAUUCUUGAGUCCAGAGAGCGCGAGCGAUGGGUGGAAGUGCUCAGUACUUACAUCAUUGAUGCUCAGUUGCCUGUAGUCUCCUUGAUUGAAGGUUCAGAGGAUCGUCGGCAAGCCUGGCGCAGGGUGUUCGGAGCCCGGAGGGCCAAGACCUUGAGGAACCGUGCAAGAUCCUUUAAGCAUUACCGCAUGUGGUUGGAGACGGUCAGAGGUUUGGCCUGGCCCUCACGCGUCUCAGACGUUACGGAUUUUCUGGAGGAACGUUCGAAGGAUGGCUGUGGGUUCAGUGUGCCUGGGGAGCUUCUGGCUGCUUUAUCUGUACUGGAGUCCGUGGGCAGAGUUCACAUGAGGGAUAGGUUCUCCUCGGAUGAGACAGUCAAGGCCGUGGUGCAAUCCAUUACCGAGGAACUGCAGGGCCGUGCGGCGCCACGCCGCCCAGCCAAGUUGUAUACGAUGGCCAUGCUUAUUGCUUUAGAGAUUCAUGUUUUGGACGAGGAUGCUUCUUUGUUUUCGCGAAUCAUUGCCUGGGUGAUUUCUUUGCAACAUUGGACUGCUAUGAGAGCUGACGAUGUUCAAUGGUUGGAUCCGGGGCGUAUGACGCUCACUGAUAGCGGCCUUUCCGGAGUACUUAGACGGACCAAGACCACGGGUCCUGGUCGCAGGGCACGCGAGGUGCCUGUCUACGUGGGCCGCGAGGUUUCGCUCUCAGGAAAUGAUUGGUUGCAAGUGGGCCUUGCUCUGUUCAAGAUGCCGGAAGUUUACUGGGAGCGCAUGUAUUUUCUUCCUUUUCCUUCUGCAGACUGGACUGGUGGAGUCAAGAAGCAUUUGUCACCUGAGAUGCUGAAUGUAUGCAUCAAGCGGGUGCUUGCAGAGCUAUCUGUGCCCCAGCGAGGAGAGCAUGCUUGGGUCAAGAGCUCCAUGAGUUUGCUGCCUCAGGAGCUGUUGCCGUACUGGUCCGGUCACUCUGCAAGACAUUGGCUGCCUUCUUGGGCGGCCACACUUGGGGUUUCAAAGCCAGAUAGAGAUUUCCUGGGAAGGUGGCAAGCUGGAGCGCAUGAGAGCAAUGAGUACAUUGUCACCUCGCGGGAGGUGGUACACCGUGUGCAGAUGCAGGUCGUGGAAGGUGCUGCAGUGGGCCACUCCGGAAUUGAUGAGCGUCCGCUGCUAAAUGAGUUGCAGGAAUUUGCAAACACACGCGGGGUCAGCUUUGCCAGAGGGGCUGCCCGCCACCGUGUGUGGCGGACGAAUGACUCAGGACAUCGUGCUUUGCUGCUAGGGUUUCCACUUGAUUAUGAGCAUAUCACCGAAGGGCUGGACGUGGAGGCUGCACUGGAGGUGAUCGUGGAAGAUGAAGAUGGGCUAGAUCCCGAUGUUUCGUGCUUUCCUUAUUGGGUCUCUAUUUCGAGACGCAGCCAGUUUCGGCGGCUUCAUGCCAAGGAUAAGUGCCGGAUCAUGCCUUGGAGUGUUUUUCGUGCAGAAGGUUUCAGAAGUGUUGAUUCUGCCAAUGCCGAUGCUUGGUGUAAGACUUGUUGGAAGAAGGUGUCAUGUGAAGAGGCUUCGGCCUCUCAGGAAGUUUCAUCCUCGGGAUCCUCCUCCAGCACCGAGUUGGAAGAGCCUGAGCAAGAAAUGGGCGUAAGCUUGCUGCAUCAGCGUGAGCUCGGCGAGCGCUAUCGCAGUGUUGCCCUGUUCUCUUCCAUUGCAGAUACAAGAGCGGACGCGCGGACCGCGCUUCGGGCUGAGGUGACUGUCGCUGAUAAUGCCGAUGGCAGAGCGGCAGUGGCAGGUCUGGUAGCAGCGUGGCAGAGUUGCUACGACAUGGCUGAUCAAGAACGUCGGCUGAAGGCUGAGGCACAUGUUCUUGGUCUUCCAAAGCCGCUCCCAUUGAACGAUCGGAUGGGUAUGCGUCAUGCACUUGAGAGGGUUGUUGGCGCCUUGGAGGAGAAGGACGAACCUAGCUCCACGUAUCUUGCAUUGAAAUUGGAGGAAGUUGAGGCGGGAGAACUCCGUGCUGCGGUACUUGAUGAGGUGACCAGCGUCUCCGAUGAGGUCAAUGCUCAGUUCCAAUCCUCAGUAGACUCAUCGGGUUGGUUACGGCUUGUGAAGGAGCGCAAGAAGGCCAAGGUAUCAGCUACUUCGGAGGAGCUCCGUCAGCGGCUACGUCUUGAGUGUCAUGCUUUUCUGAUGCUGGCUGCUAGGUUCCGCACCAAGCCCUGGUUUGUGGACCUCCGGGUGCAGGACUUUACAAAGCAUGUCGAUUAUGUGUUGGGAGAUAAGAUCUUUCUUCUGCAAAUGUCUCGGCCUGAUGGCGCCUCGGGCACUCAGUCGGUCAAUCCUUCUUGGGCUCUCUUGUUGGGCUUCGAGCAUCGACUCCGCAAAGAAGCUUACAAGCGUGCUUGCAGGGACAAUCGAGAUAUCUCCACAACACUGGCGGAAGUCAGAACGGAUGCAGCACUGAAAGAGACCUACUUUGUAGGACCGUUGGCGCUGGAGCUGGCCAGUCGAGGAUCUUCUUCCACGGCACCGCCUCCGCCAGCGAAGUGGCCUCGGCUUCAGGAUCAUGUACCAGGUGCAGAAGCAAGUGCAAAGGGUAAGGGUGGCAAAGGCCGCGGAAAGGGGGGCAAAAGCAGCCUCCGCAUCGGCUAUCCCUCGGCCAGGGGGUUCGUGUUUAGCAGCACGCCGGAUGGGCGACAGAUCUGCUAUGCUUACAACAACGGCACAUGCAAAGGCGAUUGCGGUCGAGUGCACGUCUGCCAAUUAUGCCUGAAGCCACACCCUCGCAAAAGCUGCAAACUGCAGAAAGACAAGGGUGGUGCUGAGGACAAUCAGCCAAACUGA